CUAUUGAAGACACCCCAGCCAUAAUGACGUCCCCUCUCUACCUGGAAAUCAUCAUUUACUGCACCGGAGCCUUCCUCAUCUCCUGCAUGGUGGUGACCGUCAUCAUCUACAAGAUGAAGAGCACCACCAAGAAGACGGACUUCAACAGCCAGCUGGCCGUGCACAAGCUGGCCAAGAGCAUCCCCCUGCGCAGACAGGUGUCGGCCGAUUCCAGCUCCUCCAUGAACUCGGGGGUGAUGCUGGUCCGGCCCUCGCGGCUCUCCUCCAGCGGCACCCCCAUGCUAGCCGGCGUCUCUGAAUACGAACUCCCUGAGGAUCCACGCUGGGAGCUACCCCGGGAUAGGCUGAUCCUGGGCAAACCCCUGGGAGAAGGAUGCUUCGGGCAGGUGGUGCUGGCAGAAGCCAUCGGCCUUGACAAGGACAAGCCAAACCGAGUGACCAAGGUGGCGGUGAAGAUGCUCAAGUCCGACGCCACGGAGAAGGACUUGUCCGACCUCAUCUCCGAGAUGGAGAUGAUGAAGAUGAUCGGCAAGCACAAGAACAUCAUCAACCUGCUGGGAGCCUGCACGCAGGAUGGACCCCUCUAUGUGAUUGUGGAGUAUGCGAGUAAGGGCAACCUGCGAGAGUACCUACAAGCCCGCCGGCCCCCCGGCAUGGAGUACUGCUACAACCCCACCCGUGUCCCCGAGGAGCAGCUCUCCUUCAAGGACUUGGUCUCCUGCGCCUACCAGGUGGCCCGGGGCAUGGAGUACCCCGUGCUCGGUCAGUGCAUCCACAGGGACCUGGCGGCCAGGAACGUCCUGGUGACUGAAGACAACGUGAUGAAGAUCGCUGACUUCGGUCUGGCCCGUGACAUCCACCACAUAGAUUACUACAAGAAGACCACGAACGUGAGUGGUGGGCGAGGGGCUUCACCAAGGUGGUCCUUUGGCGUGUUGCUGUGGGAGAUCUUCACGCUGGGCGGUUCGCCCUACCCCGGCGUGCCGGUCGAGGAGCUUUUCAAGCUGCUGAAGGAAGGUCACAGGAUGGACAAGCCCAGCAACUGCACCAACGAGCUGUACAUGAUGAUGCGGGAUUGCUGGCACGCCGUCCCCUCCCAGAGACCCACCUUCAAGCAGCUGGUGGAAGACCUUGAUAGGAUUGUGGCCAUGACCUCCAACCAGGAGUACCUGGACCUCUCCAUGCCGCUGGAUCAGUAUUCUCCCGGCUUCCCGGACACCCGCAGCUCCACCUGCUCCUCGGGAGAGGACUCUGUUUUUUCUCACGACCCUCUUCCAGACGAGCCGUGCCUUCCCAAGUUCCCCCCUCAGCACACCAACGGCGGACUGAAGCGACACUGA